CGGGCUCACCUCUCCAAGCGUAGCACCCUCGACUCGAUAGAGCAGCGGUGGGGCGUGAGCGUGGUAGCCAAGGGGCGGUACUACCCGCCGGGUGUGGUGCCGCCCACAGGCAGCGAUCCCCCCAUCUUUCUUCGAAUCGCCCCUGGCACAGAACUUGUCAAGAAGGACGUCGCAUCCCGCCUGUCUGCCUGCGCCGCUGCCGCGGCAGACCUCGAGGCCCUGCUGCGCGGAAAGCCUCUCCCCGGCGCCCCUCCCACGCUGCCACACUCCUCCCAGCCCCAUGUGUCAACGGCUCCCUUGCCAGCCCAAGACGCCUCGCCCUAUCCGAUAUCUGGCCCCGGCUUCCACUGCUUGUACCUGGGCAUCCCCGCCUCCUGCCCCGCCUCCUGGGACCUGGCGGGCCGCGUGCGAGGCCCCAACAACGCCUACCUGGGUCACAUCGCCAGCGCCUGCGCCUGCGUCGCGGCGCUGCGCGGCGCCGGCUCCGCCACUGUGCCGGAGACGCGCGAGCCACUGCAUGUCUUCCUGGCGGCGGGGGACGGGGCGGCGCUGGAGAAGGCGCGUGGGCUGACUACCAGCCUGAUCGACACCGUGCGCGCCGACUUCGUCACGGCCUUCCCGGGCCUGCCGCGGCCGCCGGGCUCGGGGAGUUACCUGCCGCCCCUGCCCCCGCCGCCAGUGCCGAUGCCGGUGUCUGUGCCGACCGGGGUGGUGGUUCUUAGUGCAGAUUCUGCCGUCCUUCCUGGCAUGGAGAGCUACCUUGAGGGGGCCCCGCCCUGA